AUGUAUCUUUACAAUUUAACCCUGCAAGGCUCAACGGCCAUUUCGCAUGCCGUGCACGGUAAUUUUUCUGGCACGAAGCAGCAAGAGAUAAUUAUAUCUCGAGGCAAAACUUUAGAAUUGCUAAGACCUGAUCCGAAUACUGGAAAAGUGCAUACAUUAAUGAAAGUGGAGAUUUUCGGCGUCAUUCGUUCUAUGAUGUCAUUUCGUCUCACCGGCGGCACUAAAGAUUACAUAGUUGUUGGAUCUGACUCUGGCCGCAUUGUGAUACUUGAAUAUAUUCCUGCCAAGAACAUUCUAGAAAAAGUACAUCAAGAGACGUUUGGAAAAUCGGGAUGUAGAAGAAUAGUACCAGGACAGUACCUAGCUAUUGAUCCGAAAGGCAGAGCUGUUAUGAUAGGUGCAAUUGAAAAGCAAAAAUUGGUUUACAUUUUGAACAGAGAUGCUGAAGCCAGAUUGACGAUCUCAUCACCGCUCGAAGCUCACAAAUCCAACACAUUGGUUUACCACAUGGUCGGAGUUGAUGUUGGCUUUGAAAACCCUAUGUUUGCUUGCUUGGAAAUAGACUAUGAAGAGGCAGACUCGGAUCCCACAGGGGAAGCAGCUCAAAAGACACAGCAGACAUUAACAUUCUAUGAACUAGAUCUGGGUUUAAAUCAUGUAGUAAGAAAAUAUUCCGAACCUCUUGAAGAACAUGCCAAUUUUCUUAUAACUGUACCAGGUGGCAAUGAUGGCCCGUCGGGUGUACUUAUCUGUUCAGAAAAUUACCUGACGUAUAAAAAUUUGGGAGAUCAGCAUGAUAUUAGAUGUCCUAUACCCAGAAGGAGAAAUGAUUUGGACGACCCAGAAAGGGGUAUGAUCUUUGUAUGCUCAGCCACUCACAAGACGAAAUCAAUGUUCUUUUUCCUAGCACAAACUGAACAGGGUGAUAUAUUCAAAAUUACUAUAGAAACUGACGAAGACAUGGUAACGGAAAUUAAACUGAAAUACUUUGAUACUGUACCAGUGGCAACCGCUAUGUGUGUUCUGAAGACUGGCUUUCUAUUUGUUGCUUGUGAAUUUGGCAACCACUACUUAUACCAAAUUGCACACUUGGGCGAUGAAGAUGAUGAACCAGAAUUCAGUUCUGCCAUGCCAUUGGAGGAAGGAGAUACAUUUUUCUUUGCUCCCCGACCUCUCAGGAAUUUGGUGCUGGUUGAUGAAUUGGAUUCACUCUCACCCAUACUCGCUUGCCAUGUUGCUGACUUGACUGGUGAAGAUACACCUCAAGUAUAUUUAGCAUGUGGCAGAGGACCCAGAUCUUCAUUGAGAGCUUUAAGACAUGGUUUGGAGGUUGCAGAGAUGGCUGUAUCAGAACUGCCUGGUUCACCAAAUGCAGUAUGGACUGUGCGAAGACACAAAGAUGGAUCUACAUGGCAUGACUAUGAUUCAUACAUCAUAGUGAGUUUCGUAAACGCUACGUUGGUGCUUUCUAUUGGUGAAACUGUAGAAGAAGUGACUGACUCGGGUUUUCUGGGAACUACACCUACAUUGAGCUGCCAUGCACUUGGCAGUGAUGCGUUGGUUCAAGUAUAUCCUGAUGGUAUAAGGCAUAUCCGGGCUGACAAACGAGUUAAUGAAUGGAAGGCACCCGGCAAGAAGUCUAUUGUGAAGUGUGCCGUCAAUCAAAGACAAGUUGUCAUAGCACUGACGGGGGGUGAAUUGGUGUACUUUGAAAUGGACCCGACUGGCCAGUUGAAUGAGUACACUGAACGAAAGAAGUUGUCAUCUGAUGUAUCAUGUAUGGCGCUGGGCUCGGUAGCUACUGGAGAACAGAGAGCUUGGUUCCUAGCUGUUGGCUUAGUUGAUAAUACUGUCAGAAUUAUAUCACUGGAUCCUGCUGAUUGCCUAGCACCUCGUUCAAUGCAAGCCUUGCCCGCCAGCCCUGAGUCUUUAUGUAUUGUUGAUCAACCCUUUGAAUCUGGAGCCAAAUCUGCUUUACAUCUUAACAUUGGCUUAAGUAAUGGAGUAUUACUACGUACAACUCUGGAUUCUGUUAGUGGUGAUUUAGCUGAUACAAGAACUAGAUACUUGGGAUCUCGUCCUGUGAAACUUUUCAAAGUAAGAGUACAAUCAGCGGAGGCAGUAUUGGCUGUGUCUUCAAGAACAUGGCUCGGCUAUCAAUAUCAGAAUAGAUUCCAUCUAACACCAUUGUCAUAUGAAUGUCUAGAGUAUGCUGCAGGAUUUAGUUCUGAACAAUGUACUGAGGGUAUAGUGGCCAUCUCAUCAAAUACACUAAGGAUUUUAGCCCUAGAAAAAUUGGGUGCUGUAUUCAAUCAAACAUUCCAACAAUUAGAUUAUACACCAAGAAAGUUUGUUAUAAAUAGUGACAACAACCACAUCAUAGUUUUGGAGACUGACCACAAUGCUUACACUGAAGAAAUGAAGAAGCAAAGAAGAGUACAAAUGGCACAAGAAAUGCGAGAGGCAGCAGCUGGGGGAACUCCCGAGGAACAACAACUCGCAAAUGAAAUGGCCGACGCGUUUCUAUCUGAUGUGUUGCCAGAAAAUAUAUUUUCUUCCCCAAAAGCUGGUGCCGGCAUGUGGGCAUCUCAGAUCCGUAUAUUAGACAUGAGCGGCGGCGUGGGCGGGUGUAGUACAGUGUGUAAAGUACCGCUGGAACAGAACGAGGCGGCCGUGUCGCUGUGUGUAGUACGGUGGGCCGCGCUCGCUGACAACACGCCGCAUCUAGUAGUAGGGGUCGCGAAGGACGCCUUACUAUCACCACGGAGCUGCUCUGAAGGCAGUCUACAUGUAUAUAAGAUUUAUAACACUGGAAAAUUGGAAUUGGUACACAAAACUCCAAUAGAUGAAUACCCUGGCGCACUAGCAGCGUUUAACGGCAAGCUACUCGCGGGAGUAGGGCGGAUGUUGAGGUUGUACGACAUAGGUAGAAGGAAAUUAUUACGGAAAUGCGAAAACAGACACAUACCAAACCUCAUAGCGGAUAUCAAAACUAUAAGACAGAGAAUAUUUGUAUCGGACGUUCAAGAAUCUGUGUUCUGUGUUAAAUACAAGAAGAGGGAAAACCAGUUGAUUAUUUUCGCCGACGAUACAAAUCCUAGAUGGAUCACGAACACGUGUAUUCUAGACUAUGAUACAGUCGCUAUGGCCGACAAGUUUGGAAACGUUGCUGUGUUAAGACUACCUCAGUCUGUUAGUGAUGAUGUAGAUGAAGAUCCUACUGGGAACAAAGCUCUCUGGGACAGAGGUCUUUUAAAUGGAGCGUCUCAAAAGGGUGAUAUCACUGUUAAUUUCCACGUUGGAGAGACUGUGACAUCUUUACAAAGAGCUACAUUAAUCCCUGGUGGUUCGGAAGCGCUUCUAUACGCUACAGUGAGUGGAGCAUUGGGAGUGUUACUACCAUUCACCUCUAGAGAAGACCAUGACUUUUUCCAACACCUUGAAAUGCACAUGAGGAGUGAGAACUCACCUCUGUGUGGGCGAGACCACUUAUCAUUCAGAAGCUACUAUUAUCCAGUGAAGAAUGUGAUAGACGGCGACCUCUGUGAACAGUUCAACUCGCUAGAGCCGGCGAAACAGAAGGCGAUCGCCGGAGACUUGGAACGUACUCCGGCUGAAGUGUCGAAGAAACUUGAAGAUAUAAGAACUAGAUACGCCUUUUAA